GAGUGAAACAGCCGUGGCGUGUGUUUGGUGCUCGAGAUUGAGUCGCGCGGCACCGCGUCUGCUCAUGAAACUCAAGACGACAAGCAAGAAAAGUCACUUGGAUUACUGUCAGCGGCUUCGAAACUGAACACGUAUUUUUCUAAGAAGACUUGCUGAUGUUUAUUUUCUGUUAGGACACAGUCAAAAACAUUGCAUUUGCUCAGCUCUAAAAGCAGCAGUCUUCUCAGAAGGGGCCGCACCUUCAGCUGAACAUCAUGCAGCAAUCAUGCAGGAGUGAGGAGACACCAAGAACCCUGUUUGUGAAGCUGAUCUGAAGAUAUACAUGAUCUUCUGGACGUGAAGUUCCACGAAAGCUGCAGAGGAGAUCAAGAAAGACUGGAAAACAAGUGAAGAAGUGAAGGAAGGAGGUCUUUGUUGGAUUGGCUGAAGGGGGAAACCGAAGGGCUGGAUGCUAGCCUUUAUUCAUUCUAGAAGUUCCCAGGUUCCUCAGAGAUGGCCUCCAACUUCAGUGACAUUGUCAAGCAGGGCUAUGUCCGCAUGCGGAGCAGGAAACUGGGGAUCUAUCGGCGCUGCUGGCUCGUGUUUAAGAAGUCAUCCAGUAAAGGACCACGCCGUUUGGAGAAAUACCCUGAUGAGAAGUCUGCCUACAUCAGAGCUUGUCCUAAGGUGACAGAAAUAAGUAAUGUGAAGAAUGUGACAAGAUUGCCUCGUGACACCAAGCGGCAAGCCGUGGCCAUCGUCUUUACAGAUGACACUUCUCGAACCUUCACCUGUGAAUCAGAGCUGGAGGCUGAAGAGUGGUUUAAGACCUUGUCCAUUGAGUGCCUGGGGAUGCGUCUGAAUGACAUCAGUCUUGGAGAACCAGACCUUCUAGCCGCUGGAGUUCAGUGUGAACACACAGAGCGCUUCAGCGUGUUCCUGCUGCCUUGUCCUAAUCUUGACAUCUAUGGCGAGUGUAUGAUGCAGAUCACACAUGAAAACAUCUACCUGUGGGACAUUCACAACCCUCGCACCAAGCUAGUAACCUGGCCACUUUGCUCACUGCGACGCUACGGACGGGAUGCUACACGUUUCACCUUUGAAGCUGGCAGGAUGUGUGACAGUGGGGAGGGCUUAUAUACUUUCCAGACACGGGAAGGAGAGCAGAUCUACCAAAGGGUUCACUCUUCUACAUUAGCUAUAGCUGAGCAGCAUAAGAGAGUCCUCGUGGAAAUGGAAAAAAAUAGCAAGCUCUUAUCUAAGGGUUCAGAGGUGAUGUCCUACCCCUGCACCCCCACAGCAAUCUUACCACGAAGUGCUUUCUGGCACCACAUCACUGGAACACAGUCUGGGGUGGACUCUGCCAAUGGUGACAUAUAUGGUGAUAGUCAGCUGGGAGUGGACACUGACCUCUUCUCUAAACGCCUUCCUCCUGAACGACACUCAACUCUUCCUGUGGGCCACGCCUGUUCCCAGCCCCCAACACAUUACCCUACUUACCCCACUGAGUGAGCAACUUAACAUAGAAACUCUCCAGUUUUUUACCUCUAGACCUCCCUCCACACUGCCUUCUGCCCUAAGUUUUUCCAUCAGCUCUUCUUCACCAAGGGCCAGGGUCCAGAUCCAUGCUGCCUGAGCCAUCCCUGAGUCUGCUAGUGACACUGAGGGCACUUACAGUGGAAAGAGGAAAUGCACUGUGAAGGCUGCAGCACUUAGAUUGGAGCAGGGCCCACAGACCCUCAAAGCAGGCAUGAGAGAUAAGUAAAAAUGCUCAUUUGUUUGUUGGAACUUACUCAAUUGCCUUCCCAGUGCAAUAUGGACACUCUUGCUGAGUUUUUAUGGGAGUAGACUGUAGGUUCUUAAUGCUUAUCAGUAGUAUCUCGAAUUCUAACUCUAAAUGCACGCUUUUCGACCCUAUGCAUGUCCCCUGAGGUUAACAUCUUAGCGAUGGAGGAAUUUCCUAGACACCUACGUAAAGAAAUCCCAUUGGUGUGGUCUGCAUGCAAGAGAUUCUUAGAAACCAUGCAGAUCCAGUAGAGGCCUACAACUCAACCGAUUUUCAACUCCUUCAGCUUGAAUGCUUCUGCUGUUCAAUAUGAGCAUUCCAGAAGCGUGUCUUGAUUAACAGCUUUAAUCAUAACUUGAUUGGCAUGUCUGUAAGACUUUCCCAAGCCCAGAAGACUCAAGAGUGCUUUGUGAGGAAUUUCUAAAAUUGGCAUUUCGUACAUGCGUCUAUUUUUUCCUCCUUUUCCCUUUAUUUAAAAUGGCUUAAAUGGACAGUUAUAAUGCACAAAACUGUCUCUCCAGGCUAAGUCUCUGUUAUUUAUGAAGAUAGCCAUUUGGACGAAUGUGAAAGUUAAACGCUUUCACUUCUAGAUUCAUCCAUGUGAUCUUUGUUGUUGUUGUUAACCUUUUCACAGAGACCGACCAACCAUUUUAUCUGGAAUAUAUCGUAAGGGUCAGGCAUGCACUCAGUCCAGCGUUAAGGCAAAGGGAAACAAAAUAUAUGAAUAUACCCAGUUGAGGUGCAAGGUGACAUCUCUGUUUUAUGAACUAUUUAUUUAUUUAUUGAGGUUUACCAACAAAGCACAAGACAAAUUGCAGUGUAUAGUGGUAGAUUUUCUUUUAGCAGCUCAGCAAUUCAGCAUUCUGUAAAGGAUUUAAACUGGCACUGUAAAUGUGGAGAGGAAUAUCUUCAAUAAGAUGGGAGGCCUCACACAAGAAAUGUCUUUUGCUUUCUUGCUUAUUUACAAAGGAAGUAAUUUCCAUUUAAUUGUGUAUCACCAAAGUUUACCAUUGUGAUUUUAUUUAGCAGAUAUCUGUAUUAUCUGGCUGUACUAUUUUCAAGAUUCUCAGCUUCACUGUUUUUGUCACGCUGUAGUUAUCAAAUCAAAACACCCCAGUAUGCUAGAGCCAUGGCUUACCAGUUAGCACACCUGCUCCAUCACGAUGAACCAGGUUGCUCAUUCAGGCAGUGCGGGUCCGAGUCUGACUCCCAUUAUUUUCAGAUUGUUCUUUGUUCUCUCUGUCAUUUUCUGUUUUCUCUUCACAAUCCGUAUUAAUAAAUAUAUCCAUAAGGCAGAAAAUAAACAAGACACUGCAGUAUGCAGCUCAAACAGCCCAUGUGAAUGACUCGGUUGAACUUCUUUUCUGGCACAGAAUUCACUUGGUUGUGUUGUCAGAUUGUGCUACAGUCCUGGAAGUGUGAUGGCCCCCUACUGCUUUAAAUAUUCACAUGCCCAGAGGAGGAACAUUAUUUGGCAGACACUCUAUAGUCAUUCAGUACUGAAAUUUACUAACUCAUGUACUCAUGUACACAACAUUAAAGUACUCAACGAUCAGCCACAACAUUAAAACCACCUGCCUAAUAUUGUGUAGGUUCCCCUCGUGCCGCCAAAACAGCGCCAAUCCUUAUCUCAGAAUAGCAUUCUGAGAUGCUAUUCUUCUCACCACAAUUGUACAGAGCGGUUAUCUGAGUUACCGUAGACUUUGUCAGUUCGAACCAGUCUGGCCAUUCUCCGUUGACAAUAUUAGGCAGGUGGUUUUAAUGUUGUGGCUGAUCGGUGUAUAUACAACAAAGAAGGGCUACGUGGAGGACAGUAGUGAUAAUUAUUAUUUUUACUGUCAUUUGAAUGUAUUGCAUUUAUGUCAGCAUUUGAGCUUACACUUAAUAAGCUAUUCGUUUUAUUUUGUACGACAAAGUGUGAGGCACAGGGAAUUUUUCAUGAUUUUGCAUUUAGAUAAUAGAAAGGCCUUUUUCCAUAGUGCACUUGCAUAGAGCCAACAUAAAUUCUUUGUGAAAAUUUUCCAGCAAUUAAAGCAUGUGACAGAAAUAUAGAAGUUGUAUAAAAGUUAUUAUCAGUAUGUACAAUUCAAGAGUGAUGCUACCUUUGAUUGGUUGAAAUUGCACCUCCUAUUUUUUUCUUUUGUUUCUUUUUACCCAGACUAGUUAUCAGUCGAUGUAUAAUGUAGCAAAUAUCUGCCCACUGUAAUGAUCAUUUAGAUGAUUGCUGCACUGUAGCUCAUGCAGAGAAGCUUUUAAAAGGUCUCUGUUUUGCAGUCUUCAUAAUAUUUUUGAUCUCACCAACUAUUUCACUGCUAUCCAUAAAGACAAUGAAUAAAUUUAUAUAGACUUACUGCACAGACUUAUACACACACAAAUAGUAAAUUUUUCAGAUGAUUUCUAAGAUGUUUUCCCUAUAUUUAUUUUUUUCUUUACAGAAGACAUAAUUAGAGCUCAUCAGAUUAAUAUAAUCACCUUAAAAUGGAUUAUAUAUUUGUAUAUAAGCAGCCAGCAGGUCCCUGGAGAGAUUCUGAUUUUUAAAGCUGCAUCCACUGACAUGGGUUAUUCAAACAGAAAUUCCUGUUGCACAAUACAUGUCUGUUUUCUUGUCUGUUUCUUUGCAAUACAGCAGCACUACUAGGAAGGUAAAUGCUGACAUACUGUGUGUACUAUGACCAGUUAAAUAAAUUAUGCCAUGAGGAUUGACUAAUAAAAACUGUAAAGGCAGAAUAUUCAUAAAAUGAUGAGUAGAAAAGUGUUGAAAUCCACAUUAAUUGCAUUUGUCAGAGAUAACUUGUAAAAGAGGAGAGUGAUAAAUUUGAUGCGUUGGAGGCUCUGUCAGUUCUUCGGCAGUUCAGAUUCACCUCUGAGCAUGCUGUCAUGAAUAGGAACCCUUUGCAUGAGUUUUAAUUGAUAAAUGAUUAGUUCUGUAAUAUUUGUGGUAAAGCAUUUUACAAUUUUUUUUUUUUUAAUAAAGCAAAAUGUUUUUAUACAAUGGUCAUUUAUUUGGCUGGGUUUACAGGUUCAAGUAUAAUCUCUCUUGCAAUUAAAUUUGAAAUGGUAAACAUGGCAGUUGAGACAAAUGGAAUAUUGAUAUGAAGAUAUUGUUUGUUUGUUACUUUUUGAUAAUAAUUACAACCAAUAUUUGCUAUGCUAUUUGAGUCACAGAAAAGUACCAAGCAAAGCAGAUAAUUUAUUUAAUGUUAACCACUUUACGGACCACUCACCAUAUUUGUAAUUCAUUUUUGUAAUCCAGCAUAAUCUUAAUUGAAUUUCAGGAAAUUUUAGACCAAUAUUACUCUGAUUACAUGAUCAUUAUAUUGAGAAAAAAAUCUAGUGAAGCAAUAGUGGCACCUCUCUCUCUCUCUCUGUAAUGUUGUCUCUUUAUCAAUUACUACCAAUCAUUACCAACCAAGAGCAACUCCUCUAAACUAAUGAGACAGGUAAACCUUUCUUCUUUACUUUGUUGUUUUCCCCUAAAAGUCACUGUUUGUGUCUUUCCUGUCCUUGUUUGUGAAAUAGCCACAAGUUUAAUUGUCUAAUUGUUACUUUUUUGCCUGCUCUAAAAAGAAAAGUGUAGAAAUAAGAAUAUUUCUAUGAAUGAUAGAAAUGUUAUCAGUAUUUUACAGGCAGAAAAAUAUUCAUUAUGAUUGUCACAAAUGUAUAAAAACAAUAUCAUUUUUAUUUAAAUAAUAAUCAUGCCUUCAUUCACUUUUUUAAUUUGGCCAGUAGCAUUUUGAUCCGAAGUAGAAAUGAUUAUUGCAAUGUACGUUAGAGCAUUGUGUGUUUUGACUCCAUUAAGCUUUCUUUCAAAUUACUUUUUCUCAUUCUUUCUAAUAAUAAGUCUCAAUUGUAUAGUAGUUCUGUAAUACUUAUGUCUGUGUUUAUUUAGAACAGGUUCUGCAACACAUCAGUCUUAAAGGAGAAAUCAUUCAUUUGGUUUACAGUUAUUUUUGGUUUAUUAAGAGAAAGCAGACAAUCCAGAUAAGAAUCUGAAAGAACAGACAAGAUCAGUAAUAAUCCAAGUAACACUGAAAGGGUAAUGUUACAAUUAAGUUAUCUACUUUACCUUCCACUCAUCAUUAAUUGUUUUUAAAAUACAAAAGUCUUCUGUCAAUUCCUGACCUGUGUGCAAUAUCAAAUUUUGCGACUGAAUAGAAUGUUUUACUAAAUGAAUGUUUCUUAAAUGACUGUAAUUGCAUGAUCAAGAUAUUGCUCGGUAUAGCACCAAACUGCAGGAGUCAUGAAGGAUGAAUAUAGUGAAAUGAUUGUGGCGCUUCCCUCUCUCUAUAAUGUUUCUUCAGCAGUUUCUACCAGCUAUAAUGUGCCAGCACAGCUAAGUGUCAGGUAAAAACUUGAUUUAGAGUUUAUUUUCUAAAGAUUAUUUCAUAUGGAAUUGGUAGUAUAUGAACAAUGUACAGAUAAUUGAAAUAAAUAGUAUGUUUAACAUGUUCUGUGUCUCUGUAUCUUUGGACUCUUAUUUUGAAAUUUGGUUUUGGUUUCUUGUCUUGGUUUUGUUCCUUGUUUUGUCAUGUGACUUCCUUGUCUUGUCACGUGACCCUCAUGUUUCAUGUGUCCUGUUAUGAUUGGUGUUUAGUUUAUUAGUCUUGUCUUUUCACUGGUUUCUGCUUUAUUGUCUUGUUAUCUUGUUAUAAGUUCUGUCAUUGGUUGUCUUGUUAUCUUGUUUGCCCAUGUCCUUGUAUUUAAACCUUCAUGUUUGCCAUUGUCGAGUAUUGUUACAUUGGUAUUCUGUCCAGUCAGUCAUGUGUUCCUUCCAGUCUAGUCUAGUGUAGUCUUUAGUUCUGUUAUUGCCUUUGUUUUGUUUUUGUUACGCUUUUUUAAUAAAUACCAGCAGUUUGCCUCCUGCAGUUAUGCCAGGGAGAAUGUCCCAUAGAGAUGUGGACUACUUACGUGCUUUGGCCUUCGAGGUGGAUUUCAACUAUGUCGCCCUCAGGGACUGUUUCCGUGGUGGCUUAAAGCAGACUCUAUGCUCCAUGAUGCCAGGAGGCAGAAUUCCAUGGACUCUGGCUCAGUUCAUGGACUAUGCCCUGGUGCUGAGUGGUUCGUCUUUCACUGUGGGAGUGGCUGAAGAAGAACUCAGCACUCCUGCAGUAGUCACCACAUCAGAGUCCACCACAUCGGAGUCCACAGCUGCCUUGACCACUGAGCCUUCUACAUAUCCAGCUGCCCUGACCUCGCCCGAGUCCUCAGGUGCCCUGACCUCACCCCAGUCCUCAGCCACCCUGAACUCACUGCCUGAGUCCUCGGCCACCUUGACUUUUGAGCCUCUAGCAGCUCCGCCCCUUCAGCCUCCAAGGGCUCCGCCCCCUGGACCUCCUGUUGCUGUGGCUCUGCCCCCUGAUCCUCCAGAAGCUCCACCCCCUGGACUUCAUGUUGCCUUGUCUCCGCCCCCUGGACCUCCUGUUGCCUUGGCUCCACCCCCUGAACCUCAAUUGCUUUGGCUCUACCCCCUGAGCCUUCAGAGGCUCCUCCCCUGAGCCCCCUGUUGCCUUGACUCUGCUCCCUGAAUCUCCAACCUCCAGCGGCUCUGCCCAUGGUCUCCUGGUCCGCCCUGGUCUCCUGGCCCUCCGCUGACUCCGCCCCGGUUUCCUGGUCCACCCUGGUCUCCGGACCCUCUGCCAGCUCCGCCCUGGUCUCCGUACCCUCCGCCGGCCAAAAAGAAAUUGAUGCAAUGAUUGAUAAUGGUCGUUUAAUUAUAUUUCACUUAAUUAUGCUUUAGUUCUUGCACACCCAGUUUCCUCUUGGCACACCCAAAGUCUUGUUUCUGGCUACACAACUGUGCUGUCUUCUGUUGCUAGUAAUAUGUUGUCUCAUCUUGUUACUUUUGCUCACUCAAAAUGAUAGUACUAAUAAUCUCCAUGGUGAAGAACCCCAGAGUGCAACCACAGAAGAUAUAAAGGUUAACGUGGAUACUAUGGAAAACAACGCAUCAGAGACGGGGAAAAUGUAUUCAGGUCCCAGGUGCUGAAUUGCAAAUUCAUAUUAUAGGCCUACCUUAUGUGAGAUUCACUGAAGCAAAUUAUCACUUGGUGUCUGAGAAAGAUAAAUAGCACACCUGAGAACAAUUUUAAAAUGAAUGAUUUUCUUGUAUCUUUUAAGAAUUACCAAAGAGUUAAGUGACCACUGCAAGAAAAACAAGCUGUACCUGACACCACGGUUGAAUGACACACUUUAUCUUCACUAGAAAGGUUUUAAAUUUCUCAUGCAGAAAAGGCAAUCUAAAUGUUGCAGCUUUGUGUUAUUGCCAUUUUCUUUUAGACUCUUUAGACAAAGUUAUACAUGUUAUUCUGGAUUUUAGGUUUUUCUUAUAUUGAGGGUUUGGAAGAAAAUACUGGCCUGCGCAGCCUUUGGCUAGUGUAAUGGCAUUCAGAAGAUUGAGAAUCUGGAGCAUCUGACAGAGCUUCACUGCCUGUUCCUCCAU